GUCAACAGAACAAACAUGAACAGUCUCUUUUCCAGCAGGGAUGCCCAGAUGAAGAGCAUGGAGAAGACAGUGAAACAUACUGAGAAGCACCUGGGUGAGAUCUGCUACCUGCUUGGUUCCUAUACCAGGAAAACGGCCAAGCUCAGAGACAAGGCAGACCUGUUGGUGGCUCAACUCUUUGACUUCUCCAGCACAGAAGAUCCGGAGCUCCAGAUCGGCCUGAAAAACCUGGCAGAAGAUCUAGCCAUGGUUCAGGACUACAGGCAGGCUCAGAUAGAGAGACUGGAGACAAGAGUUGUUGCUCCUCUAAAAGCCUAUGGAGACAUAGUCAAAAACAAACGGGCAGAUCUGAAAACGUUCAACACUGACCUGAACAGAGAACUGAAGGAGAUGCAGAAACUGGAGAAAAUCAGACUGAGGAACCCAGCAGAUCGACAGAGCAUUUCUCAGGCAGAAGUAAAUGCUCAGAAAGCUUCCAACAACGCCCAGCGCAGCAUCAGACAGCUGGAGGAGACCAUCACAGACUUCCAGAGACAGAAACUAGAGGAUAUCAAAAGGAUUUUCACAGAUUUCAUCACAGUGGAGAUGCUCUUCCAUGCUAAAGCACUGGAGGUCUAUACGCACACAUAUCACAACCUGGAAGAGAUGAAUAUUCAAAAGGAUCUGGAGCUAUUUAGUGGACGGCUCAAGAUGUCUGAUGCUCUGGCUGGGCAUCUGGAUAACCCUCUGAGCAGUCACUCUUCUCCCCUCAUGAGCCACUAUCCAAGUCCUCUUGUGGCCACCCCCAAAGGCCAAAGCCUCAGGCCAAUGCUGGCUCCUACCAUAGGCCAAAACAACAGACAGCAACACAGCCAGUUCCCACAAAAAGCCAGUAAGUCUCGCGGCACCUUACAACGCCAGAGAGGCAUGGAGGAGGAGGAACCGGAGGAGGAAGUAGAGGAUGAAGAUGAAGAAGAAGAGGAAGAACAGGAGAUGUAUGAAUCAGAGAUAGAGGAGGGUCAGCGCAUCAGCAGACAGUCGUAUGCUGCUCAAUAUGCUCAGAUGCACAGAUGGAAAAAGUAA